AGGGCGGUGCGGAGCCUGCUGAUGAAUCAUCCCCGGCGGCAGCAACUCCGCUCCUCCUCCUGACCCGCAUUCACCCGUACUGUACAGGCAGGGGGGAGGACCGAGCACAGAAAGCUAAUAGACGCGGUAGAGUCCCCCUGCAGACCGUGGCCAUGGCUUUGGCAGUCCCGGGCAGACACGGCGCUCCAGUCUCCACACACCUUAUAGCGGAUUGAAAGGGGGGCUAUCCGGAGAGGCAUUGCGCCGUUUGAGACGAUUUUCCAGACUGGCAUCAGAACUGAACAUCUAUUCAAACGAAGCUUCUGUUAUCUGAUGCUUUUGUCAAAGAAGAAAACUGGCCUUCCUCUUCAGAGCUCCAGGUGGAGCCACUGAAGAAACCUACCUGUACAUGUUGAAAGGCAGAGCCAAGCACUGUGUUUUUCAGAUGGACACUGGGAAACCACCAGCAUUCUUUGCAUUCUUUUUCAAAAGACAUAAGAUAGAAGAAAAUACUCAAGAUUGAUACAGCGCAGUUUUACCUCCCGCUGUCUCCUCCUCAUCCCCUGAUCUAAUCAGAGAAACCUCUUCUGCUUUCUACCUCCCAGAGAAAUAGAAAAGGAAAAAAUAAACAGGAAUUUCUUAUCUGUUAUCAGUUCCUCCUUUUAUUUUCUUUGUGCAACAUUUCUCCAUUUACCUCAGGGAUUUUCUCCCAUUGCCUACCUCCUCCACCGAAACAGCCAACCCAGUGACUGGAACACAGAGCGAAAACACACCUGUGACCUCUCACUGCUGUUACCGUGACAACCUGUAUUGCCUCUCAAGUUCUCCUCACUGCAACCGUGACGACCAGCAAUGACCUUGGACCUCUUACCACCUGCCAGUUCAGACCUGCUCACUGCCUAAAUUGUACUGAUCCACACUUGUAGCCUGAACCUCAGGCUAGUUAUUACUGGAAGGAGAAGGGUCAUAUUAUUCUAUACCUGACAGGCAACUAUAUACCUCAGCAGACACAGCUUCUUGACACUCAGUCAAGGAAACACAAGGGAACUUUUCAGCCACAGCAUUCACUAGCCCGGUGCUUCAAUCUACCCAGCAGGUAACACACACUCACUAGCCUGGUGCUUCAAUCUACCCAGUAGACAGCUCACUUUCAGCAUCUUCCGUUUGCCUUAGAGGCAGGAGAAUAGCAACAGUAGCCAGGGAGGCCUCCAGAGAACCAGACAGAGAGACUCAGGAGUACCACAUGGCAGGCAACUUAACUUCAUGUGCUUCUCGGCAAGGCACAUCAUACACGAGCCUCGCGAUCUGAGCUGUAGCAUAAAUCAGCAAUUGCCCAAGAGGCCUUUGGAGAUCACAGAAGAGACUCAGAGGUUCCUCUGCCUUGAGGUUCCUCUCCAGAGAAGUAAAGCUACCCACGGAGCAGGAGUUGUUCUUGGCAGUGUCAUCUGGAGGCAGCCACUAAGACUACAGUACUUCCUGGGAGAUAUAACUCAGAGCAUUAUAAACCUUGGAAAAUAGGGUAAACAUUAAGAAGAUCCAUAUGGUGUGACACUGAAGAAAAAGGAAGAAGAAAAAAAACGCCUUAAGUAUAAAGAGAAGAAUGCAUCGCUUUCUUUUGCCUCCACUGAUGUCCCGCCCACCAUGCUCCUCCCAGCCAACGGCUGCUCAGAUUCUCAGAUGGCUGUCUAUUGAAGGGUCUGCCGGCGAAUGCUGAGCAGGCUGGCGAGGUCGAGGUCCGCCUCAUUGUCCUGUGAUUGGCUGCUUGACGGGGCUGAGGCUGAAUGGAGCCACUGUCCAACAAGCAGGAUAGCAACUCAUCAGAGGGGGACGAGAAAGGGUGGCCAGAUGUGCCGAAGAGGAAGAGGAAGAACAGCCAAUGUUCGAUGAAGAGUAUGUCUGCUCUUAGCGUCUCUGUUCCAGGGUAUAUCCCCAGCUACCUGGAGAAGGAUGAGCCGUGCGUGGUGUGCGGGGAUAAGGCGACUGGCUACCACUACCGCUGCAUCACCUGCGAGGGUUGCAAGGGUUUCUUCCGUAGGACCAUCCAGAAGAACCUCCACCCGGCUUACUCCUGUAAAUAUGAAGGCUGCUGCAUCAUUGACAAAAUCACCCGCAACCAGUGCCAGCUGUGCCGCUUUAAAAAGUGCAUCGCUGUGGGGAUGGCCAUGGACUUGGUGUUGGACGAGUCGAAGCGCGUGGCCAAGCGCCGUCUCAUCGAGGAGAAUCGAGAAAAAAGGAAGAGGGAAGAGAUGGUGCGGACGCUGCAGGUGAGGCCGGAGCCGGACACUGCAGAGUGGGAGCUGAUCAGGAUGGUAACCGACGCUCACCGAAACACCAAUGCACAAGGCUCCAGCUGGAAACAGAAGCGCAAGUUUUUGUCAGAUGACAUUGGGCAGGGUCCAAUGAUGCCUACUUCAGACAGAGACAAGGUGGACCUGGAAGCCUUCAGCGAAUUCACCAAGAUCAUGACCCCCGCCAUCACACGCGUUGUUGACUUUGCCAAGAAAUUGCCCAUGUUCUCUGAGCUGCCAUGUGAAGACCAGAUCAUCUUGCUGAAGGGCUGCUGUAUGGAGAUCAUGUCGCUGCGCGCCGCUGUACGCUACGACCCAGAGAGCGAGACGCUGACGCUAAACGGCGAGAUGGCCGUGAAACGCGAGCAGCUGAAGAACGGAGGGCUGGGCGUGGUGUCGGACGCCAUCUUUGAUUUGGGCAAGAGCCUUUCCCAGUUUAACCUGGAUGACUCGGAGGUGGCGCUGAUGCAAGCCGUGCUGCUCAUGAGCUCAGACCGUUCAGGGUUGACCAGCGUGAAGAAGAUCGAGCAGUGCCAAGAGGCCUACCUGCUGGCGUUCGAGCACUACAUCAACUACCGCAAGCACAACAUUCCCCACUUCUGGCCCAAGCUGCUGAUGAAGGUGACAGACCUGCGUAUGAUUGGAGCUUGCCACGCCAGCCGCUUCCUCCACAUGAAGGUGGAGUGUCCCAACGAACUCUUUCCCCCACUCUUCCUGGAGGUCUUCGAGGACCAGGAAGUGUGAGUCGGAAACGCUUCGAAACCAAGGCACCCCCCUAAAAGAACCCUGGACACAGAAGGAAAUAAAAUGGGGUGGCUUUGGUGAAAGAGGACGUGUGCAGGGAGGUUGGAAAAAGAGAAGAAAAACUGGAUUUUUUUUCUUCAGUGGGAACACGCCCUGUGAACUUUGUUUUUUUUGUC